AAAAGGAACUCCAACAUUGCCGCCCAUAAAAGGGGCAGGAAGCUGGGCAGGAGAUACAUGUGCAGGAACGUGGAGAACGAGUGGCCGGGGUUUCGGAGGGACACAUUUUGAGGUUGCACCCGACUGAGGAUGGCUGAUACUACCUCUCAGCCAGAACCGCCAGCUCCUCAGGAAGUCAGUAGCGAGUUUAAGAAGCCUGUUUUGCCGGUGCCGCUAGCUGUGCGAAGUAAGGCUCCAACCUCCGGUCCCGCAGCCCCUGAGGAUGUGGAGAAGGAAUGCCCCUCGGUGCUGCUGGACCCCGGCUGUAGGGAGCCCGAGGUCCCAUCGGCUCAGCCGGAUAACAGGGAGACUGGGAGUCCACCGGCGGAGCAGCUCCGGUCCCCGCGGGUAGCUACUGCUUCUGGCGGUCCGGCCCGGGCUCCCCCAUACCAAGAGCCAUCGUGGGGCAGCCCAGCCACGGCCCCCUACAGUCUCGAAACCCUGAAGGGUGGCACCAUCCUUGGCACCCGCACCUUGAAAGGGAUGAGCUGUUGCCUUUUUGGGAGGCUUGCUAACUGUGACAUAUGCCUGGAGCAUCCUUCCGUGUCUCGGUACCAUGCGGUGCUACAGCAUCGGGGGUCUGAUCCCGACGGAGAAGCUGACAGUCAUGGGCAGGGCUUCUAUCUCUAUGAUCUGGGAAGUACCCACGGUACUUUCCUCAACAAAACUCGCAUCCCUCCCCGCACUUACUGUAGAGUUCACGUUGGGCAUGUUUUUCGCUUUGGAGGCAGCACCCGGCUCUUUGUCCUUCAGGGGCCAGAGGAAGACCGAGAGGCAGAAUCUGAGUUAACGAUAACACUGAAGGAACUAUGUAAGGAUCAUGGAUGUCAUUCAUACAUCUUCUCAAAGAACAUUUGUUCUUUCUUGUGCCCUGCAGGCGAGGAUGCUGUAGAGGAUGAGGCUGAAGAGAACCCCAUUGCCCUGGAUUUUCAGCAGGACCGGGAGGCAUUUUAUAUAAAGGAUCCGAAGAAGGCUCUGCAAGGCUUCUUUGAUAGGGAAGGAGAAGAAUUAGAAUAUGAAUUUGAUGAGCAGGGGCAUAGCACUUGGCUCUGCAGGGUGAGAUUACCUGUAGAUGACUCCGCGGGGAAGCAGCUUGUGGCUGAGGCCGUUCACUCAGGGAAGAAGAAAGAAGCGAUGGUACAGUGCUCCCUGGAAGCUUGUCGGAUCCUUGAUACAUUGGGACUGCUGCGGCAGGAAGCGGUAUCCCGGAAAAGGAAAGCCAAGAACUGGGAAGAUGAAGAUUUUUAUGAUAGUGAUGAUGAUACGUUCCUUGAUCGGACUGGCCUGGUCGAGAAGAAGCGUUUGAACCGAAUGAAGAAGGCUGGGAAGAUCGAUGAGAAGCCAGAAACUUUUGAAUCACUGGUUGCGAAGUUAAACGAUGCUGAAAGGGAGCUCUCUGAAAUUUCUGAGAGGCUCAAGGCGUCAAGCAAAGCUCUAUCAGAAUCGUCAUCACAGGAUUCUUUAGAUGUAUUUAUGUCAGAAAUGAAGUCUGGAAGCACAUUAGAUGGUGUGUCCCGGAAGAAGCUUCACUUGAGGACUUUUGAACUAAGAAAAGAACAACAGAGGCUUAAAGGGUUAAUAAAACUUGUAAAGCCAGCAGAGAUUCCAGAACUAAAAAAGACUGAACUUCAGACAACAAAUGCUGAAAACAAAGCGAAGAAACUUGCAUUACCUCUCUUUGGUGCCAUGAAAGGAGGAAGCAAAUUCAAAUUAAAAACUGGAACAGUAGGGAAGUUGCCGCCCAAGCGUCCAGAGCUCCCUCCAGCUUUAAUGAAAAUGAAGGAUGAACCUGAAGUAGAAGAAGAGGAGGAAGAGGAAGAAGAGGAGGAGAAAGCGGAGGAGAAGCAUGAAGAGCACAUGGAAGCUGGAAACAGUAGGCUGCCUCAAGAGAUGGAGACAGAGCUGGGAACAGCAGUGGACCAGAGAGCCCCCCCAGAUCCCUCUUGCUCUGUGGAGACAGAAGGCCACGAAAACAUGUCUCAAUUCAGCCAAGUGGAACGGAGUGAAGAUUAUCCAGAGAUGGACAAACUAGCCUCAUCAUGUGAGGACCCUUCAGUAGCACCAAAGAAUGAAUAUGAAAAAAAGAGAGAUGAGUUGAAGAAAAAGAAAGCUCCUGGUCCAGGCAAAUUUCCACCCGUACUUUCUUCCAAAUACCCUGAAGACGAUCCAGACUACUGUGUGUGGGUUCCACCUGAAGGUCAAAGUGGAGAUGGCAGAACUCAUCUUAAUGACAAGUAUGGCUACUGAUUGGUUCAGCGUCCCAAAGGAAGAUCUUGAGGACCACAGGCUCUUUGGGAUGAUACAUUAAGUCACGGCUAGAGAAAUUUAGAAGACCGUUUGUAAAAUCUGGUGACUGACUUUUUCUUCUGUAUUCCUGGCUUUCUAAAAUUAUCUGCCUAUUAGAUUUUUCUGAAUUUUGGUGUUUAUAUUUAAGUGUUUGUGUAUAUAUGUAAAAAGGAACCAUGUACACUGAAAAUCAAUAAAAUAAGAGGCAUGACCCCACUA